AUGGCGACGGCGGGCGCGGACGUCGACGACGAGGACGCCGUCGCGCGCGAUACGACGCGCGGAGCGACGCGCGAGGGCGACGAGGGCGACGGCGCGGCGGCGGAGGCGGCGGCGGCGGCGAGGGACGCGACGGCGCCGUCCGAGGUCGAGGGACAGACGCUGCCGAUGCGCGUGCUGGAUGAGUACGAAUUCAGGGAUAAGUUCGCGGAGGGUAAAGCGGUGAGCGUGCACGGGUCGAGACCGAACCGGGUGCUCGUGCUGGGAAGAGCGAGGAAGUUGGAGGGCGGCGAGCACGGGUUGCCGAGCGAGGUCUUGGCGGCGCCGUUGACGCCGCAGGACAAACCUCCGCACGCGUUAAAGCUCAUGGAGGUGCACGAUUGGACGAUUAAGUACGGUGGAGACGAGCCCGAGUUGUGGCUCGUGACGCCGCGGGCGUGGUACAAGCUGUUGAACCCGGCUCCGAGGUUUGAAAAGUACGUGACAGUUACGACGCGUCGCGCAAACUUCACCAACGCGAUCGUUCGAGCAUUGGUGAAGAACUGGGAAUUGUCGCUGGAGGAAGGCUUAGAUAUCAUUCUUGGUGUGCCCGUCGUGGCGCAUGAUGUACCGGUGGCGGUGAAAACGCCGACGAAGGCGGCGAAGAUGUUGGGCGAUACCACGGCGGAGGCGCAAAAGGAAGCCGCGUUGAACGGGUGCACGGAAGAGGAGAUACGCGAAUCGAAGGAUACCAGCGCGUACAAGUACACGCACGCGGACAUCGUUGGUGAUGGAUUCUUCAUCGUGUCUCAAAUCGAGACUUUGGUGAGAUGUAAAGCGCUGCGACCGCCGACGGCGAGCGAAGAAGCCGACGUCCCGGCGCCGCAAUUUUUGACAGCUUUGCAAACGUGGACGACAGAGAAACACCAGCUGGGUUCCGCGACGAAGGCAUCGCGACUAGAGCGUGAUCGCGCCAGGCGCGAAAAGUUGAGGGCUGAGAAGAAGGCCGAGAAGGAAUCGGAAAGCAAGCCUCGAGUGCCGAGACUAGAGCCUCCGCCGCCCGCGUCGCCGAUUCUUCCCGAGUAUUCGCACAUCGGCCCACAUCUGCAGGCAGAGCUGCUCACGCUUUGGGAUUUCGCACAAGUGUUUGCAAGCGUCAUGUACUGCCCACGCUCGACGCUUGAGCGUUUCGCGAAAGCAUUCUUCGGUAGUGAUCUUGGAGCUGCAGAGGCGACGCUAUUGCGCGAUUUCAUGGUGUCUUGUUUGCGCGUCACAGAGGGCCGCAUAGAUUCGAUCGAUCAAGAAACGAUUAGAUCAGCGCCUACGCGCGCGCGUUGGUGGGACGCUCCCGUUCUUGGGUUGAACGACAUCGGGGAGUUGGAUUGGCAAGAUAGAGCGAAUAACUUGAUUGUUGAGUUUCAAAUGGGCGUCAACGCGCGAAUGCGAAAGCCCGCGCUGGAGGCAGUGGCAAAGUUGGACAAGGGCGAAGUUUUAGAGAGUUUUUCGCCCGUCCACAGAAUAGCUUUGGCGGUUGCACUUAGUUCUAUCGCCUUAGAGAGUGAAACCAUCCGGGAAUACUUCACGGAGAUUUACGAUGACGUGCGCGCGCGGCGGAGAACAGGCGAUUUUCACAGCAACCCGCCCACGCUCGCGACCGAGGUUCCAAAACCGACGGAGGAGAAAAAGAAGGAAACCAGCAAAGAGAUCAACGUAAAGGAUGAGAAUCCCGAGGUCGUAGAUGAUGCUGACGAAUCGGUGUCUAUGGAAGUCGAUGAAACGGACGCGAGCGAAGAACUGGUGAAACCACCCACUCUUGCCGACUAUCGCCGUGAGCAGCUGAUGAAGUGGAAGUCUGAAGCCGUCGAGCGCGCAGUCAUCUCGCGAGGUAAGCCUGUCGCUGUGGACGAGCAGGGUAGGAGAUACUUUGCCCUCGGCGGUACGAACAACGCGGGGCGUCUGUUUGUCGAAACUGCUCCACUGGGAUGGUACGAUGGCGACGAAGACGCCGCAUCGUCGCAAGUCAUCGACGGCGUAGAGUAUCCCAAACAACCAAUGGCUGGUCCACCAGUCGAAGAUGCGCCGUUUUCAGAGGACGCUGCGAAUACACCAGAUUGCCGGCGCAACGUUUCCGGUCUAGUAGAGUGUGCUUCAAGAUGGGGCGUGUACACCCCAGGAACUGUAGAGUAUGACGCGUUGAGCUAUUGGUGCAACCCAAAGUAUGACAACGAGCGAUACAUCACAAAACUCCAUCGACUCAUGUCGCACGCCGUCGACGGAGACGCCGAUGCGCCAGAACUGAGCGACGAUGAUAGAAGGAAAAAGGUUGAAAUAUUGUCCGAAACUUUGGCGAUGGACGGUUAUGCGAAUCUUGAUGACGUCGCUCUGGGUUCUGUCGACGAUGCGAAGUUGACGUCUCGACUUUUCAACGCCGUCAAGUUUAUUCUCCACUCCGCACCGUUUUGGCGGACUGGAGAUAUGCGUUGGAUAGAUCGUUUCAUUAGAACGUGCACACAUUUUGAAAGCGCGCUGAAUGCAUCUGAGCAAUCUCUCGUAAGACUUUUGAAGGUUUUGCCCGGGAUAGAAAUUGUCUGCGCGCAAGCGGGUUUGAUGGAUGACGUCGCCUGGCCAGAUGCUAAACCCACUUGGUUGGCGCAGCUGCGGUAUUACGUUUUCGGACCGAGAACAGAGGCGGAGCUUGAAGGGACAACCGCUGCUCCUGAAGUAUCGGAACCUAUUCCGGGAAUAAACGAUAUUUUAGCCGCGCCAGAGUUACUGGAUCCGUUACCUCCUCUAACAGUCCGCCGCGCGGCAAACUUGGUGAAUCAGUUUCUGAGAUUUCUCGUUCAAGAUCCUCAACGAAUGUCGCAAGGCGCGUUUCAAAUGUGCACCGGCGUUUCCCACGGCGUUGGUGCAAUUAAUACCGGCGAAGUCGUCGCUGUCAUCAAAAGAGGUUUGGUGAAGACGUAUAACCGAUACGUUGACAAGAAGUCGCGUCCACGAAACUGGAUUGAUGUGAAUACGCUGCGACCGGUCGAGCGGUGUGUGGUGCUCGGAACGGCGUAUCGAGGAAGCGAAGCUCCGCGGCGCAACGCUGCAAGUGAUGGCGAUACGCCGCCUUGCGCUUGGUUGAUGUGUCUACUUCUCGAUGAUCCUGAGUUAAGUCAGUUCCCGAGCACGCGGAGACAAAGUGCCGACGCAGAGCAAGCCGACGCAAAGGAAGCAAAGGAUGAACGAAGACUCAUCAUAGCGCCUCUUUACGCCGGAGGAGACAUUGCCGAGUACGUUUUACCAUGGUCGAAGUACCAGGAAGUCGAUGAGAAACCUUGGGACGGCGGAAGUCGCAUCAUUAUGCACUUUGAGGGCGUCGAUGCGGAAAACGAAGCGCGCGGGAUCGUGUCUGUCGAUGGCUGCGUCUAUUACCUUGGUCGCGUGCGGAAAGUCCGUUCGAGCCCUGAUCGUUGGGAAACCGUCAUGGUCGUGUUCGAUAGUGAUCCCGAAGACUACAUGUGGGUCUCGCCUUGGGAAAUAAUCGCGGCACCCGAAAAGUACCACGAUCCCGUGCACGAAGGCCCCGCUCCCGUGGAUCACGAAAGGGAACUGUCUCCCGAAGACAUGACUCUCAUCGCACAGUGCAAAGCCAUCGCGCGACGACUGGGAUGGCCUUCGGGCGACCACCGCAGGGAUUUCGACAAGUUCCGCGCAGAAGCCUUCGCGGGUGGUGUUAUUCCUCAAGCCCCGAUAUUUUGCGGCGCGCAGAUGAAUCUGCACCGCGUGUUCAUAGAAGCCAUGCACCUCGGAGGAUACGAACAAGUCACGCGCUGCAAGUUUUGGAAAGUGGUUGCGCGUACGCUCGGCCGUGAUUUGAGUACGCAAACGAGCGCGUCGUUUGCCAUGAGAAAGUACUACGAAAAAUGCCUAUUCCCGUUGGAAAAGUACCUGACCAGCGCUGAAAUGAUCGAAAAUCUCGGCAUAGUCAUCGACGCGUCGACUGAUCCGAUGGACCGAUUCCCCGCGUCGCGCCCCGCGACGGAUUUCGACGACGACGACGAUCGUGUCGACGACGGCGACGACGACGACGACAUGGAUGAUGAAGAUGACGCCGAUGGCAUGGACGUGGUAGAUAAAAAGAAAAAAGAAGAGGACGCUGACGAUUACAAAAUCUCAGACGACGACUUCGACGAGGACGACCCGAGCGAUAGCGGCGAAUCAGAUAGCGACUUUAAGGGUCGAUGA